AUGGGCUCCCAAAUCCACCACCUCCGCCCGUCAGGUUAUCCAAACAUCAACGACCAGAGCUUCAGACUCUCGACUAAUGACUUGUUGAAUCCGAAACCCGUUUGCGUCCCGGUUUGCUUAUUCUUUUGCGUUCCCGAUAGGAGCAAGCAUGAUGUAAUGCAGUUGUUAAUGACUGGGUUGGAAGAAACCUUGCGUCAGUGUCGCUUUCUGGCUGGCACAAUUGAGAUGAAUCACGCAGACGAGUACGAAAUUGUGUCCAAACGAGAAAGCAAAGUUGACUUCAUUCUGCACCACCUUGAUCAGAAAGGAGAUGGCCAGUCUCCAUUUGCAUCAUACGAGAGUCUACACGCCAACCAUUACCUAGUCCCAAACCCCCGUGAGAUGGCACGCCUUCGUGUGCAGACGGUGCCGUGCGGUCAAUACAACGCCGACACGAGCCAGAACUCACCCGUGAUUGGCUUUCAGGCCAAUAUCAUCCCGGGUGGCAUUGCCCUGGCCAUCCACUUCCAUCACUGGGCCAUGGAUUAUUGCGGCUUCGCUGCCUUUGUCCACCAAUGGGCCGGCAACACGUCCGCUCUCAGUUCCCACAUCCCAUAUCACGAGCCAACCUCGGACUGUUUCGAUCGAAGUUGUCUUGUACGAAGCUCCAUUUGCGCUACAACAACUCAAACUACUAACGGCGAGGCGGCUCGGAAGCAGGUAGGGCUGCCAGCUACGGAUUCGGCCUCAGAUCCGGCGGAAAUAUUGCCCUUCUCUGUGUACUUGUUCAACCUAACAAAGACCAAGGCUGAAAUGAUCAAAAACAUUGCCAAAUCGACGGCAGGUGUGGAAUCCGCCUGCAUUUCCACCUACGACGUCAUUGUCGCUCUCUGGUGGCGUGUCCUGACCAGGGCGCGAGCCAAGCUCUGGGGAUCGCAGUACCUGGAUACACCGGCUGACUUUACAGAGGCUGUCAACAUCCGCUGCAAAUUGAUUCCGCCACUACCCAGUCGCUAUCUCGGUAACGCUGUGCUAUUCGCUACCUGUGCGAGCCAACAGAGCAGGCUUACAAUCAGGGACAUAGUAAAGUCGGCCUCGCUCGGCAUCAUUGCUGCAUACAUACGCCGUAUCACCGACUCCGUGGAUGCAGACUUUAUUGAAAAGCAGCUCGAGCAAAUAGAGCAGGGCAGACAUCAAGACGCCGGCGAAAGUCAAAAGACACAUCGCCAAAGCCCACUAGCAUUCACGGUUAAUGACUGGCGGGCUCACAACCUUUAUGAUGCCGAUUUCGGCUUUGGAAAGCCAACGGGCGUAAGGCAUUUGUUCGGCAUCAUGCCGGUGCUGGUAGUUCUGCCUGUUAAACAAGUUCAAGACAGUCGAGGCGAAAUCUUCGAGUUUCUUGUGCCCAUAGAGCAUGCCGCUGCGGAAAAUCUUCUCGAAGAUCCCGAGUUAAAAGAAUGGUUCGAGAUUCAAGGGCUGGAAUCUGAGGCAUGA